UUAUCACUGUAUAUAAAAACAGAGAGCUCAGACCUCAUGCAAUACCAAAACCAAAACCCUAUUGUUAGCAAGUCACUUUAAUGCUCACUUUUUGCAAAUGCACAGAGCGACGACAUUUUCUCUCUGCUGCUAAAGUGAGAUGGGAAGGUUUGCCGUUGACCCUGUUUGCUGCUGAAGAGCUCGACGAGGAGGAGAGAGUGUGCCUGUGCGUCAGUCUGCUGUUUACAGAGGAGUGUGAAGCUGCUGGAGCAUGUGGUUGCUGGUGGUCAUUGACCUCAUCACAUCCAUGCUGAUCAUAUAGGAAGAAGACAAAGAAACUUAAGGUUUUAUGACUGUCUGAGUAACUGCAAUGACUCAGAAUACAUCUGGACUGUGCCAAGAGUCCCUGUCCAACUUGUCUUCACAAUGUGGCCACAACAUGACCGGCUGGAACCAGAGCAUGGAUAAGAUGUACACAUACUUCUACCUGAUUCUUUUCAUCCCGGGUCUGCUGCUUAACACCACCGCCCUCUGGGUCCUCUGCAGACACAUUAGUAAGAAGACCAAGGCAGUGAUCUUCAUGAUAAAUCUGGCAUUCGCAGACCUGGCUCAUAUUCUCUCCCUGCCUCUCAGGAUUUAUUAUUACUUCACACACGUUUGGCCCUUUGGACGAGGCAUGUGCUUGUUCUGCUUCUACCUGAAAUACCUCAACAUGUAUGCAGCUAUAGUGUUCCUGGUGUGUAUCAGUGUGCAGAGAUGUAUCUUUCUGCUUAACCCGUUUGCUGCUCGCCGGUGGAGACGCCGCUAUGACCUUUUGAUCAGCAUCAUAGUGUGGUUGAUUGUCAGUUUUGCCUGCUCGCCUUUCAUUCUGAUGCGGAGCAGCAACAGCACAUCCAGUCCCAACUCUACCACAGAGGGCUGCUUCAAGGACUUGCCUAUGCGCUGUCUGUCCCUCUCUCUAUCUCUCACCAUGAUGGCUCUUGCUGAGCUCUUUGGUUUCCUGAUCCCUUUGGCCUGCAUCGCUUACAGCUCCCUCCGCAUCGCCCGGUCCCUCAACCAAAGACAUUCCCAGGAUCAGAAAUACUCGACCACACUCUCAGCACGCAGCCGUCUCAGUUCAGUCAUCUCCAACUGUCAGGCCGAUAAGUGUCAUGAAAAGCUGACGCAUGGUGAGAAGCGGCGUGCUUUACAGAUGGUGCUGAGCUGCUCUGCCCUCUUCUUAUUCUGCUUCGCCCCCUACCACAUCAACUUCCUCCUCUACCUGAUGGUGUCACAGGGCAUUGUGUCCCACUGUGCCACGCGGCUAGCUGUGCUUCAAUUCCACCCAGUGUCUCUUUGCCUGGCGAGCCUGAGCUGCUGCCUCAACCCCUUGCUGUAUUAUUUUCUAACAGCUGAGUUCAGAUCGCACCUCACCAAGCGAACCUCUUCCUUCACCUCCUCUCUCCUCUCCUCGCCUAUCAGCUCCAAGCCACAGCGCCCUGCACAGCAAAGAAUGACGAGCAUGGAGAGUAGCUGCUCAGACAGGGAGUAGUGGGCAGGUGACGGCCAAUUGUCUCCGAUGUCUUCUGAUUCAAGCGGUACAAUGUGAUGUCACGUCACAGCUGUGUGAAUAAAAACUGACCCGAGGGGGCUUGAGUACAACCUAAAGAAGCUCUGAGAAGACAUGUGUUUUGAAAAAAUGAAUUCUCCAGUCAGGGGCUGAACACUCAAUAUCUACAUGGAUAUCAUCAUUCAUAGAUGCCAAAUGUAAAUAAGCUACCGCCUGUUGUUUAUCUUCAGUAACAAUGUAACAUAUUUGAAUAAGCUAUGUCAUUAAUGUCCAACCUGUAUGUUGAUGCAUCUUAAUUUUACUGUAUAUUAAUAAAAGUCUGUGCCUUUUGUUUUA